AUGACUCAUCCACCUAAGAAGAAGCUUUCAUUGUCAGAAAGGUUUGGGACCAUUGGACCUUUAGCUGACUAUCGCAAUAAGGCUCAGAAAAAUUCAGAAAUGGUCAGCAAGCUACAGCUGCAAAUUACAGAGGUAGUGAGGAAACGCUCGGAGGGGUAUGACAGAGAGUCACAAGCAAAAAUGAUAAGUAAGGAAAUUUCUGAUGUGCAACAAAGGUUUGAUGAUGCUCCUGUUGCCUGUCAAAAGUUCACACCAUUUAAAGUUGAACUUAGAGUAAACAUUGAUAAAAAGCAUGCUGAGCCCCAAAAGGGCAGUAAGAUGAAUGAAAAGGCAUAUUACAAUGAAAAUUUGGAUACUCCCUUUAAAAGUCAACCGAAUAAGACAAGUCCAAGCAAGGGGAAUGAGAGUAUAGCCAGCCAUGUCUCUGUAUUGGAACACCAUACUCAAAAUGAUUCAGUGUCAAAUGGCACUGCAGCAAUUAUGGCUGUCACAGAAAAUGAAUCUAAGAUGAAGAUCAAUUUGCAGAAAUCCUUAAUCCCAUGUACAAAGACUGAAAAAGAUGUGAAUAUCCAGCCUUUACCUGAAUUAAACCAGGACGCUUUAUCAUCUGAAACACAUCAACCUUGUGACGUGAAAGUAAACUCAAAUAACGCUUGGCUUCAAGGAAAUUCUACACACCAUUCACCACAAAACGCAGCUGUCAAUCUGAUAUCAGUUGAGGAACAGCAAAAACAGAACCAAAAUAGAACCCAGUGCAUCAGAAAGACUCCUCAGUUAGGGAAAGACUGCUGUGAUGUAGGAAACUAUACAGAACCCAAAAAUAUGACAAAAGAACCAUUUAACAAAGCAAUCAGUGCAAAACCCAUGCUUAGCUUCAAUAAUGGAUAUGGUGGAAUGAACAUGGCAAAUCCAAAUUCAAUGAGAAUUCCUCAGUCAGGGAAAGAGAGCUGUAAUGAAGGGAACUAUACUGAACCCAAAAAUAUGGCAAAAGAACCAUUUAACAAAGCAAUCGGUGCAAAACCCAUGCCUAGUUUCAAUAAUGGGUAUGUUGGAAUGAACAUUGCAAGUCCAAAUUCAAUGAGAAGGCAAGGUUCCAAUACCAGUCCAAAUUACAGCAAGGGGAAAUAUGCAAAGAAGACAAGUCCAAUUUUCAAGCAUGGAAAAGGUUCUAGUACAUGUCCAAACUUUAACAAGGGAAAAGAUUCUAAUUACAAAUCAAUUAAAAAAUACAAUAAGGGUGAAAAAUCAAAGACAAGUCCAAAUUUUAACCAGGGGAAAGGUUUCAAGGCAGGUCCAAACUUUGACAAGGGGAAAGGAUCAAAGACAAGUCCAAAUCUUAACCAGGGAAAAGGUUUCAAGGCAGGUCCAAACUUUAACAAGGGGAAAGGAUCAAAGACAAGUCCAAAUUUUAACCAGGGGAAAGGUUUCAACUCAGGUCCAAACUUUGACAAGGGGAAAGGAUCAAAGACCAGUCCAAAUUUCAACAAAGGAAAAGGUUAUAAUUCAACUGCAUCAUUCAACAAUGACAAAAGUAACAAUACUAGUCCAAUUUUCAACAGUGAAAAAAGGUCUAAUACAAGUCCAAAAUUUGACCAAGGGUUAUUCUUGCAAAGCAGGCAAAAUGUCCGUGAAAGACAAGACUGUAAAACAAGUCUAUUUUACAGCUGGAAACCAGAUUCUCAGACUGCUCCAAACUUCAUUAAGGGACAAGACUUCAAGACCAGUCCUAACUACAGCCAUAUCCACAGUAUUGAGACCAAUACAAAUGUGAGUAUAUGUUCUGAGUCAAGUCCUAAUCUGAACAAAGGACAAGGAUUUCAGACUAGUUUAAACUUUGAUAAGAAAACAGGAUUCCAAACUAGCCCAAAUUUCAAACAGAAUACUUUAAAUUCAAUUGGAUGCAACACUUUCGGACUAAGUAAUCAACUGCCUGGUGGGACUAAUUUUCGGCAAUAUUAUGGAGCAAAUACUUUCUCCAGUGAUGACCCUUGCACAGUUUAUGACACUCGGGAUAAAUUCUACAAUUAUCAGAGAGGAAACCAGUUUUCAAAAGGUCAACAACAAAGAGACAAUUUCCACAACGAACCUGGAUUUGGAGGACAGCCAAUUAAUCAGCAAAGUUCAUUUUCAUCUAUUCCUGCAAAUCAAAGUAUUGUCAACAAGGCAAGACCAAGUAAUCAGGACAAAAUUUCACAACCUUUUGUCCACUCUCCAAGUAAACAGUUUGACAUAACAGGUGGUUUUGGGAAAAGACAUGCAUCUCCUGUUGCUUCCAAUCAGUACAUGGCACCGACAAAGAAAAGGAUGUUGACCACUGAUCCUUUGUAUAAAGAUGUUCCUUCUGUUCAAAACAGACUUCCAUAUGUGCAAGAUAAGUUACCCAACACACCUAUACAGGAAAAUCCUUGCGGUGCUGUCUCCCAUGGUAAAGUAUAUAAUGGAAAUGGCAAUUUCCCUUAUGGAUAUUACCCUGGUCAUGUUGCAAAUACUUCAUUUCAAACACCAGUAAUGAGUAAUUAUGGACUGGCUCUCCAUGGCCCUUUCACACCAAAGACUCGAAAUGCAUCAUCCCAGAAUUGUUCAUUAACCCUUGAUAGUACUGAUAGCAAAUGUUACCAUUUGAAUGACCCUCAGGAUUUGUCUCGAACAAAGCAGUACCUUUUCAACAAGAUGUUUGAUAAAAGUGAUGCAGGAGAUGGUACGAAAAUCACUGAGGAUACUGGAAUUCCUGGAAUGAAUAUGAAGCCUACUGGCGAUGUUGUUAAACCUACUGGAUUUUAUAAGGAAAUACUAAAGGAAAGUAGAGAAACAAGUCAAAAUGAGAAGGAAGAAACUGAGCUUGUUUCCACUCUGCUAACACAAUGCCAGGCAAUGGCUCAAAAGGAUGAUGACAAACAAGCAUUGCAUACAAUUUUUAACAUUAUCCACCAAGAAAUGGGACAUCAAUCUUUUUUACCUCCCUCUGAGAAGAAUAAGAUUUCAAGCACUGCUCAUGUACCAUCCCAAACAAGAAGCACUUCUGAGGUAUCUUGGGGCAGUGAUGAACCUAAAUUUAGUCCUGCCUCUUCAAGUCCAGAUGCUGCUUCUAGACAGAAUGGAAAUAAUCGGUUUGAGGGAAGAACACUUCUCAAAGGAGGAGUAAAGCCACGUCAUAUACCCAAAACUUUGAUUAACAAACAAGAUGAUGAUCCACCAAAGGAUCCCAGAUCUGUAAAGGAUCUUAAAACAAAAUCGGCAUUAGCAAGAAAAAUGAAGGAUCUGCCUUUGCCUCCAUUUUUCAUUGAAUUUGUUGCAACCAAGAAAUAUGACAAGAAAAAAAGUAUUGAAACCAAAGUAAAUGAAAUGUCGAGACAAAAUACUGAGAGUGUAAGUGAAGUCAAUUUGGCAAAUCCAUCCACUGGCUUUGAAACCAAAGAUACUAAAAUUGGGAUGGGAAACAUUGACGGCUUGAAUCCAGGAUCAAAUACAAGUGUACAGUAUCAGCAAACAGCAAAUGAGAAGCCAAUUGUAGAAACCAAAACAGAUGACUGUGGUCUUGAUCCUGUGGAAAUGGGAAAAUCUGAUUCGAUAUCACCCAUCUUACCACGUAUUACUGUCAGACUAGAGAAAGAUGGGAUUGUAACUGAUAACAAUUUGAACACGGAACAGAGUGAUAAUAUUUGUUCUCGAGACCCUCGAUUGAGAGCCACAAGCAUUUCAAAGAAAAGAGAGGAUAAAGCAAUAGUUGAUUUACCAGUGCUUAAGUAUGAGGAAUACACAGUUGAAAAACGUAAAUCUUCAGAUACUGUUUGUAAGAAGGUUGUUAAAGAUUCUGAGCCAAUACAAUUUCAGGAUUACAAAGGAUGUACUGGGAUGAAAGGAAACAAAGAUUGCCUUCAGUCUCAACAUAAAAACAGCCCACUUUCUUGUGGAGGUACUAAUGGAAGGGAGACAAACAUUGCCAGAAGUGCUUUUGAGAGAAAUUUGCAUCACUCAGAUUCCAAGAAUCCGAAAGAAGAGUUCUCUAGAAAGUUAACUACACAGCAACAUAGGUAUUCCAUGACUGGCAACUCUCCUCCAAAAAGAUACAGUCGAUUUUCCAGUGAGCGUUCGUUGAGUAGAUCUAGAAGUAGUUCUAGGAGCAGAGAUGAAGAAUGGACAGGAAAGGAAGUCUCUGUUAGAAGGACAAACAGAAUUGACUACUCUUGUGCAAAUAUUUACUUGUCACAUUCCUAUAAAAGGGACACUGUUGUGUACAACUGUGACAAACAAUGUGAGAGUUAUGAAAACCAAUUCCUAGAGAGGAAUGAGCAUGACAGGUGGAACAGAGAGAGACAUUCUAUGUCACCUGGUACUUGCAGGUAUUUGAAAAGGAGAGAUUUAGAGAGGAAGAGCUCUCCUCCAUCUUCUGGGAAUAGAAAUGUAUCCAGAAAUAGGUACCAAGGUAGAAGGAAUCGGAACUAUUCUGAAGGCAGUGAUUAUCCAGAAUUGUGCUUUUCUCCCUUGCGAUAA